GUGUUUUCGAGUGUUUAGUGUUUUUCAGAAUUUUUUUUAUUAAAAAUCUUCACAUUUUUGUGAAUGAAAACAUUUUAUUGUUUUUAUCUCACGUGUACUCCGUUUCUUCGAUAAUAAAAACUUAUAUGACGGAUCCUAACCUAUCGAAGAAAUUUCUGCACGCCUGUCAAAGUGGAAACUUAUCAAGAGUAGAAACUCUUGUAUCCAAAUAUGAUAUUCAAGAUUGGACAUUCUUCCGGCAUUUGUCUUCUGGUGAUACCGCUUUGCAUGUUGCUACUCGUGCGGGUCAUUUAAAUAUCGUUCGAUAUUUAUAUGAAACUUUCGAGAAACCAGACUUUAAAGUCGAUGUUGCCAAUAAAGAUGUGAAAAGACCAUUGCACGAGGCGGCACAGUUUGCUCGUAACGAUAUCGUGAAGUAUUUAAUUGAAAAAGGUGCAACCAUAGACGCAUUGAAGCGCGCUGAUUGGACACCACUCAUGCUGGCUUGUACAAAAACCGGAAACGAUGCAUACGAAUGCGUUGCCGCGCUUUUGAAAGCAAAAGCGAAUCCGUUUUUGCGAAAUAAAGACGGAUGGACACCGUUACAUUUGAUUUGUCGUUCUGGCAAUGAAGAUGCGUUUGAUUUAUUGGUGAGUCAGUUUACUAGAUGCAUCGACGAUCGAAGCAAUAAUGGCCGAAGCGCUAUACACAUUGCUGCAUUUCACGGACACGAAGGUUUAGUCGACCGACUUUUGGCGCUUAAUUCGAAUUUUCUGAAUGCGCGAGAUUCCACAGGAUCCACUCCUCUUCACGAAUCUGUUAAAGGAGGUCAUCUAAUCGUGACGAAACGAUUAAUAGAUUUGGGAGCUGAUGUUAAUGCUACAGAUAAUAUUGGCCAAACCAUCUUACACGUAGCAGCUAUAAUUGGAAACGAAGAAGCUGUAAAAAACAUUUUAGAAAAUUAAUCGAGAAGAUUGGUACACAUUUAUUUAUCCUUUUUUCCUGUAUCAGACAGUCUUAAAGAAGCAUACAAAAAUGAAGAAACGGAGGCUCUUAGUAGAUCGGAGAUACCUAGAUUUUACAUUCUUCUUGUUCAUUUGUAUUUUUCUUUUUCUUCUUCUUCUUCUUCUUCUUCUGCUUGUUCUUCGGUCUUUCUCUUCCUUUUCAUUUGUAGCGUGCGCAGGCAGGCGAUGAUUCACGGGAAACUUACGCGUAAUUACAUGCUAAAACCGUGUCCGUGUAUUUUUUUCCUUUAUAAACACGUUCGUUAAAUAUCACUUAUAAACAGGGAACAUAAAUGGUAAAGAUCACAGAAUUUUUACGAAUUCUAUGUGAACAUGAAUCGUGCGCCGGUUUAUUUUUCAAAAUUUUGUAAUUCGAUCGUUGUUUUUUGCUUCUUCGUGUCUUUGGAUAAAAUAGUUCGGUAAAAAGCCGAUUCGAAAAAUAUUCCAAUACUUUCAAAGGAUGAGCGAGUGGGGAAGGGAUGAUCGGUGCACAUACGUGAAUACCGUGGCGAGGGAGCGUUCCUAUUUUCGUGGAUUUACUUUCCGCAAUUGCUUUGAAUUUCCUUUCACUCACCGUUCCAAUGCAUUUUUUCUUUUUCUUUUUCUUUCUUUUUUUUUUUUUUUUUGAUCUUUCUUUCCUCUCGUUUAACUUUUUCUUUCUUCCUUUCUUUCUUUCUUUCUUUCUUUUUUCUUUUUUUCUUUUUUGCACGCGAAAUAAAAACUUAAUCGCUAAGUAUCUCGAGGGACGACACGAUUGUGGCUGGUUCAGAAAAUCGUUUACGCGAUGCUGCGGACGAGAGAACAAGGAUGAAAAGUAAAGAGAGACAGCGCAUACGAUUGAAAGGAACGUAUCGAAAUUGGACAGUACGGACAGGUGUGUCGAUAUCGAUCAGAGAGAGAGAGAGAGAGAGAGAGAGAGAGAGAGAGAGAGAGAGAGAGAGAGAGAGA